UAUAUAGUUCUUGAAGGCGGUUUGUUGAGUGUUACUCCUUUUGACCAUGGCUCUUGCUGAAUGGGCGUUGUUUCGGAAAAUGUGGCCAUCGCUAUUUAUGAUAGCGUUGUUGUCGUCGUCCUACUCCUGCCGCGCAACACCAACGACAAAUCCGGCCUUCUUGGUGACCUUUCCGAUUGUGAUUGACGCCGGCUCCCCGGCUACACUUUGUGCCAGUCUCCUUUACCCAAAUGAGACACUGCUCAUGACUGUACUAUUGAACGAUGAUAGUGGAAGUAAAAUCCUGUUGACGGAGAGUUCAAACACUGCGAUGUUCCGUUGCCUCCCCUUUAAGGCUCCUAAUGUGGAAAAGGAUUCUGUGCAGACCAUCAGGGUGGAAGUAAAAGGGCAGGCAUUUCAGCUGGCAGAUGAACGCAAAGUCUUGUUCAAACCAGUCCUUCCCAUAACCUUCAUUCAGACUGACAAACCAGUCUACAAACCAGGACAGAUGGUGAAUUUCAGAAUUGUCACCAUGAAUACCAAACUUGUUCCCGUCUUUCAACUGUACGACAUGGUGGAGCUGCAGGAUGUUAACAGUAACCGGAUAGACCAGUGGCUGAAUGUCAGCUCCUAUGACAAAAUUGUGCAGCUCUCAUUUCCCUUGAGCUCUGAAGCACCAGUGGGCACUUAUAGCUUGAUUGUCUCCGUUGGUGAGCAAAGAACAGUGCAGAGCUUCACGGUCAUGGAGUAUGUCUUGCCAAGGUUUGAGGUGACUGUGAAAGCAGCCCCAGAGGUCAAUGCUGUAGAGCCUCAAGUUAGCGUUGCAGUGUGUGGAACUUAUACGUACGGACAACCUGUGCCCGGGAAUGCAAAACUGCAACUGUGCCGGCCUCCCUAUUCAUGGGUGCAGAACAUCUCUAGCCAGUGUCAAAACCUCUCUGUGCAGUUGGAUAAAGGUGGUUGUGCCUCUGGUGCCUUCAACAUGGCAUUUUUUCUCAACUUCAAAGAUGGCUACGAGGACACCCUUUCACUUGCAGCGGAUGUAGAAGAACAAGGAACCGGCAUUUCCCUGCCUGGAGCAGCUAGCAUGAGCAUCAAUUAUAUUGCUGGAACAAUAACAUUUAUUGACACCCCUGACACCUAUGUGCCUGGAUCAUCACGCAUUGAUGGCAAAGUACAACUGGUGGAUUACAAGAACGUGCCAAUAGCUGGCAAGACUGUAUACCUGUAUAAAGGCUUUCAGGAUCCCAGUGUGUCAUUUCUGAAUGUUACCACUGACCAGGAUGGCAUGGCCAAGUUCUCCGUCAGCCUGGCCGGGGUAUCUGACACAAUUCAGCUAAAAGCAUCUUACUAUCCUCCAUCUGCUGAUGUCCUGUACUGGCCACAUAUAGUUUUCUACCAGGCUGCAAUGCAAACUAUUUCUCAAAAGACUGAAGACACACUUCAGAGCUCUUUAGCAGUACAGAAUAAGGACAAGCCACUGAAAUGCAGAACGGUGGUACCAAUAAAUAUUCACUAUACAAUAGUUGGGGAGACUGGGGGCAGCCUUCUGCAAAUAGUAUAUCUGGUCCUUUCCAAAGGAGCCAUUGUACGGUCUGGGCUUUCAAGCAUCACAUGGCGAGGAACUAAUACUGAUGGUGAGGUGUCUUUCAUGCUCACCGUGGCUCCUGAGCUGGCCCCCAUGGUGCGGGUUGUGGCGUAUACAGUUCUGCCCAGUGGAACUGCAAUUGCUGCAAGCAUGGAUUUCCCUACUGAGAAAUGCUUUAAACAAAAGGUAUCUCUGGCAUUCACUCCCAACAGUACUGUUCCUGGGCAAGAUCUCCAAAUGACGGUCUUGGCUAACCCAGGUGCCCUGUGUGGCCUGUCCGUUGUGGAUCAGAGUGUGCUGCUGUUGGAUCCCAAGAACAGACUGGAUGCAGACAAGAUCUACAACAUGUUACCAGCCAAAGAGAACUACUAUUACAUUGCAGAGGACCCUGAGGUGUGCCUGGAAGUAAGACCAAAGCGCACCAUAACUUCACAGGAAGUAGACACCCGAAGCGUGUUUCAGAAUGCAGGACUAAAGCUGGCAACUAAUUUAUUUGUAUCGAUGCCAUCUUGCUUGACCUUCAAAGGGAGGAGAUACAACUAUGGCUUCAGAGAACCUAUUUUCUUUGCUAUGGCAAAACCUGAAAAUGUACCCAGCGCUGGUGUGGGGACGCCUCUGGAAACGGUGCGUGUUUUCUUUCCAGAAACCUGGAUCUGGACUCUCGUGGAAGUUGGGAAAUCUGGGUCCACUGUUGUUCCAGUAACGGCCCCUGAUACAAUUACCACCUGGGACACCUGUGCCUUCUGCCUGUCUGAGACUGGUCUGGGCCUUGCUCCUCCAGUAACGCUUACAGUCUUCCAGCCCUUUUUCCUUGACUUGACUCUGCCAUACUCGAUCGUCCGUGGAGAGACAUUUGUGCUGAAAGCAACGGUCUUCAACUACCUCUCGGAAUGCAUUGUGGUGAGGGUGACUGCGCUUCCAUCACAAGAAUACAGUCUGGAACCUUGUGCUCAAUGUCAGUAUACCUCCUGUGUGUGUGCCAGUGAGACAAAGACAUUCAGGUGGAAUAUGCAAGGCUCAGCCCUUGGGGCUGUAAACGUGUCUGUCCGUGCAGAGGCUGUGGCUGGAACAUGCAUGAACAAGAAUGCAGUGAUGCCGGACAAGGGCCGUGUCGAUACCGUAGUACGCACCUUGCUUGUCAAGGCAGAGGGACAAGAGAGAACUGAUACCUACAGCUGGUUGUUGUGUCCUAAUGGAACAGCUGUCAAACAGGAAGUUGCGUUGCGCCCUCCUGCAAAUGUGGUGGCAGGAUCUGCUCGUGCUUCUGUGUCAGUCCUUGGUGAUGUGCUGGGCCGGGCUCUCCAGAACAUGGGCGAUCUGCUGUCCAUGCCGUAUGGUUGUGGCGAGCAGAACAUGGCUAUCCUAGCUCCUGACAUAUACAUUCUGCAGUACCUGGAGUCCACGAAGCAACUCACCCCAGCUAUUCUGAAUAAAGCGACAGACUUCCUGAGAAGCGGUUACCAGAGGCAACUGAACUACAAGGACAGCAGUGGCUAUUACAGCACCUUUCCUGGGGGAAGUGGAAGUAACUGGUUGACUGCGUUUGUUGUACGGUCUUUUGCUGAGGCACAAGAAUUCAUCUACAUUGACCCCAAGAACAAUGAGGACUCGGUGACAUGGUUGCUAACAACACAGAAGAAUGACGGCUGCUUUAAAACCGUAGGGAAGCUCAUUCACACAGCCAUGCAGGGUGGCGUGGUGGAUGAUGUCACGCUCACUGCCUACAUUAUUGCAGCGUUCCUGGAAAGCAACAUAUCAAAUCCGGCUUUGAACCUCGGCUUGGCUUGUCUGACGUCUGACACUACCUACCUGAGAAGCACCUAUACAGCAGCCCUGAUGGCUUAUACCUUUAGCCUGGCUGGAAAGUAUGAUAAACGGGCUCAGCUGAUGGCACGUCUCAACAGCUUGGCAAUGGCUGAUGGCACCUCCCUGUACUGGUCUCAGUCAUCCUCUGUGACUUCUGAUCCCUUGUCGGUGGAGAUGACCUCGUAUGUGCUGCUGGCUGUGCUCCAUGCCUUGCCCCUGACUGCUGCGGACUUGGGCUACGCCACAAGGAUCGUCCGCUGGCUGGCAAGGCGGCAGAAUGUUAAUGGUGGCUUUUUAUCGACGCAGGACACGGUGGUAGCUCUACAAGCGCUGUCCCUCUACUCAACCCUGGUGCAAAAUCCAGGAGGUGCCAGCACAGUGACUGUGCAGUCACCAAAUGCACAGCAACUGAUCUUCAAUGUGAAUCCAAGCAACAAGCUGCUAUACCAGGAAAGGUCAUUGCAGGAUGUCACUGGACCCUACAGCAUUGUGGCACAGGGCACUCAAUGCGUGUCUGUGCAGGUGACUCUACAUUACAAUGUCCCAGUUACAGCGGUCAGGUCUGCCUUCAGCAUCACCCCUACUGUGGAGAGCAAAUGUAGCCCUAUAGCAACAUUGACGCUGAACCUUCAGGUCCAGUAUACUGGGAUGCGGGAGACCACAAACAUGGUGUUGAUUGAAAUAGAACUUCUUUCUGGGUUUGUGCCGGAUCAGACGUCCUUGAAUGAGCUAAGAGCAGCUGAGAUGGUUGAACGGGUUGACAGUAAUGACGAUUCUGUUCUUCUGUAUCUGAGAGAGGUACCCAGGAAGACUCCUCUGUCCUACAGCCUGAAACUCAUACAGCAGCUGUGGAUCGGAAACCUUAAGCAAGCGACUAUCAGGGUAUAUGACUACUACCAGCCCAAUGAGACAACAACUGUUGCCUACACCUCUGGCUGCAAGUGAUUUUCUCUUCAUUAACAGGGGUAGCUAAUGAAGGUGCAUGAGUCGUUACCUCCAUGGCUUAAAUAUCAUAAUAAAACGCACAUGAAUGUG